CAAGCAGCUUCUCCGCCACCAACUCAUUUCUUCUAUCUCCACCCUCACUACAGGUUUUUUCUCACGGCUGAGAGGAGAUUCUGAGGCGAAAUUCCAAGAAACAGCCUCAUGGCGAAUUUUAUCCGCCAUUUGUACCCCGAAAAAAAAAAGUUUCCAGAGAGGGGAAAGACGCGACAAGCUCUCGCGUGUUUUAACGAAACACGCUUGAAGCUCUCGCGUGUUUUAACUAAACACGCUUGAAGCUCUCACGUGUUUAAUUAAACACGCAUCAGGCUCUCGCGUGUAUAUGUAACACGCGACACACUCUCGCGUCUCUAAGCAAACAUGCGACACGCUCUCGCGUGUCUCCCUUGAAUUACAAAAUCGGUCCAGAAGGCAGAAACCUCACAGAACACGCGAGAAGCACAGCGAAAAAUCGGCGCCCAUUCUUCCCAACCAGCGAAAUUCGAAGCCUAAUCCGAUAUUUAGCUCUCUCAUUCCAAUUUGAAGUGUUGUUAGAAUGUCGCGAUAUGGACCAGAAGAUCCUUCUGUUUUGCAUUAUCAGCACAGUCAUAUAUCGCGCAAGGCGUGGGCAGGCGAGGAAACAACCUCUUUCAAUAUUCGGCGCUUUGAGGGACAUUUAUGGGAAAUCGAUAAUCAUCACAGACGCGUGAUCGAUUAUGUCUGCAUAUUUGGUUUAGGUGGAGUUCUUUUCUGUGGUAAGGCUCUGGAUGUAGAUCAUGCUUUAAUCACAGCUUUGGUUGAGCGUUGGAGGCCAGAGACACAUACAUUCCAUCUUCCCGUAGGGGAAACUACUAUUACAUUACAGGACGUUCAAGUAUUAUGGGCUCUACGUGUAGAUGGAGUGCCCUUCACAGGAAAUGGGUAUUGUGAAUCUGGGUGGAGGGGUUUAUGUGAAGAGCUCUUGGGCUUCUAUCCCCUUCAAAGCGAGAUGAAGGAAAACGGUAUCUUGGCAUCCGCGCUAAUACAUAGGAUGAUGAUUGAACCGUUAGAAGACGGUCUGGAAGACGAAGCCUACAUUCAACGGGCACGUAUGAUUGUGCUUGUGCUAUUGGGAGGGUUGAUCUUACCCGACGGCUCAGAGUGUGAGAUACCUCUCAUGUGGUUGACCCAACUUCGAGAUGUAGAGGCUGCCUCUAUGAUUAGUUGGGCGAGUGCUGCACUUGCUACAUUAUACCAUAAUCUUUGUGAGGCGUCUAUGGGCAAAAGGACAGACAUUGGAGGUCCGACAAUGCUCCUACAGCUGUGGGUGUGGGAGAGAAUGCCCACUUUGAGACCGGAUUUUGUGAUGACACGUAUACAUACAAACAACACUCCAUGUGCAUUAAUGUGGACUGGUUCCUUUAUGAUAAACAGAGCCUCCAAACAUUCUGUUCGACAUUAUCGGGAACAGUUAUCAUUACUCCAAAAUAGCCAGUUUAUUUGGAUGCCCUAUGUGGACCGUCAAUUGCCAGACUCCUGCCUCGAGAUGAACAACAGUUGGAGAUCUGUGACGUACAUGGUUUGUUGGGCUAUUGUCGAAGCACAUGAGCCUGAGCUCGUUGUUAGACAAUUUGGAGGCAAGCCUUCAUCCCGGAAUUGCGUGAUUGGGGUUUCAAUGAAACUCAUUUCAAAACCAAUCGUCGUAAAAAAGCUAAGACGAACUGGGCUGUGCAGAACAAGGCCUACAUCCAACAUUGGGAGAGAAGGUCGGAGUUCGUUACUAAUCAUUACAUGGAGCCUCUUGCAGACCACGUGCAGGUGAUGAGAACUCGACAAUACAUGGAGUGGUAUUUUAAAAUUACCAUUACAUAUAUCACGCAGCCGGGUAGGCUUCCAGAAGUAGGGAUGAACACUGUUGCAUCAUCAUCUACACUCCAAGCCGAGACACUAGCACGUGUUUUUCAUUUGUCGCGCGGAUUUGACCCAACAGACGCCGUAGGCUUGUUGCAUGAGAUUAACAGUCUUGCUCUAAACUGCCUUACCGAUUGCGGUGAGAGUGAACGCACGGUCAUACCUUCCACACAGCCCAGUGAUGUGGAUAUGUCCCGGGGGUUUAUCCGAAAAGCUCGCGGUAUUGGUCAGAGAGGUAUCCGAACAGGCGGGCAUGGUUAUUCACGACAUUUCAGAAUAUCCUAAGACAUGCCAGGGUCAUCACAAGCAGCAAAUGAAGAAAAUAUUAAUUCAGAUGACAACAUAGAUUUGGAUACAAUCAUCGACAAUUUUGCUGCUGAGCCCAAAAUGCAAAAUCCACCAGCACCAGAUCCCUCUAGUUGGUUUCCUACUUGGUCAGACGGGCCACAGUCUAGUUGGGUGACUCCAUUAGAUAGAGUUGGGCUACCGUGAAAUCCUACUGCACAGGAUUCAUUCUUUUCGGGUGUCCAUAUCGUGCACUCUCCGACAAAUGAUGAUGAUGAUGAUGAUGAUGCUGCCAAUGAUGAUGAUGAUGAUGAUGAUGAUGCCGAUGCUGAGGUUGCUCCUAGGAGUAGUGCCUACAUAGAGCGCCCCACGAGGAGAGAGCAUAUGACCCUCCUAGGAGUAGUGUCCAACUUGAUCGGCCUAGUAGCAGUUCACAUACAUCCCGUCCCGAUAAGGAAGGCUCCAGACCAAGUUUGUCUCAGACAAUUUUGGGUAUGUUCCCACGUAGAAGGUCUAGCCGUGACAACAGAGGAAAAGGCCCGAGUAAAUAUACACCUUCGUCCUUUAAGUAGAAUAUUAUCAUUAGAUGUAUUGUCUAUUUAUUACAUGUGGAUUGAUUUGAGAUGUACUGUUUACUUAUUAUAUGUUGAUUGAUCUGAGAUGUACUGUUUGUUUAUUACAUGUGGAUUGAUCAAUAAAUAAAGUAAACUCUGUCGAAA